CGGCGGCAAUCGGCCUCAACUCGCAAGUUACCUACCUUCCAUUAGCAUCCACUUUGAGAAAACCGACUUGACUGCCCGUUCUUUCUUCCUCCACUUCCUCCCCUCAAAUUCCCCCAGAAUCAACCUCGGAAUACAUUCACUGUUAAAUUUCGACACUGGAUUUCGACCACAAUACCACCGACGACCGCCCAAGUACAUCACCGACUUCGACAGCCAUCGCUUUGUGAUUGUGGCUGUUACUGUCUUUAUUGAGUCACCAGGGCCCUGCUGCAAAUUUGUCCAUACAAAACCCCGCCCAUUCUCGCUGAGCCGCUUUCGGAACCGGUACCGAACGAAAAACGUCGACCAUCGAUUGAAGGGGCAACGAGGAAUUCAUAUUGUUAUUGAAGAAAGCAUUGAAAGAAAGAGUUAUCAAUCUCGAUUAAAUCGCCGAAAUGUCAAACUUCAACGGUCGUCGCGGCCCCAAUGUGUCGCAGUAUCUGCGCGACCUCAACGCCAUCAACCGUCAGGAGACUGCCCACGAGGAGCCUUUCAACAUGGAGGAGGAUCUCGCUCUUUUUACCAAUACUCAGUUCUUCGAUUUUGAGACGAACCAGACCACCGAUUAUCAGGCUCAACCUCUGAAGGUUGAUAUCGAGGCUGCUCAAAGCACCUCGCCUUCUGAUGGAAUGACCCCGGCCCCCUCUGUUGUUGGUGACAUCAACCCCAACAGCUUUGAUUUCAUUCAGGGCGAUUUUAGCUUCCCCGACUUUACCAGUACCUACCCAUCCACUCCUUUGAACGGCUUCGCGGAUGGUGCCCAGAACUUCCCAUCUAUGCAGCCAAACGCCCCCACGGGCUAUCAGCCCGUCCAGCAACAGCAACAAGCCUCCCACUACGGUCAGCAGGCUACUCCUCAACCUUCAGCUGAGAAGCGUGGCUCUGAGAGUGGCCCUGGUGCCGGCCGCGGAAGCCUCAACUUUGAGGAAGCCUCUCGCCAUGCUGCCGAGGAGGACAAGCGAAGACGCAACACUGCUGCUAGUGCUCGUUUCCGCAUCAAGAAGAAGCAGCGCGAGCAAGCCCUCGAGAAGUCCGCCAAGGAGAUGUCCGAGAAGGUUUCCGUCCUGGAGAGCAAAGUCCAACAGCUUGAGAUGGAGAACAAGUGGCUCAAGAACCUUCUUGUUGAAAAGAACGAAGGCAACGAUGAGAUCGUCACAUUAUGGAAGGAGUUUGCCGCGUCCAAGUCUACCGACAAGUCCGAGUCAAAAGCUAAGUCCGCCGUCAAGGAGGAGACAAGGUGAUCCGACGUAUAGCGUUGGGGAAGACAAUACGGCGACAAAGACGGGCGGCGUUCUGGCUCGGAGCAUCUGGGGAAGGCAAUGUGGCGUUUAAUUCUGAUCUUUUCAACAAUGUCUGGGAUACAUGGUGUAUGAUGGUGGGGCACUGAGGCUAGCCAUCAAGGCUGCCUUGUAUGGUGCACAACCUAAAAUAUCGCGAGGCUUCGUGAGGUGACGUUCAGUGGAUGACGAUAUGAUGGAUAUGCAUGGUUGUUUGAAGGCAACUGAUAGAGACCAGUCCCUGUCUUCGGAUGACAGGACUAACUGGGAGGGCUUUUUUGUUUUGCAAUGAUAUCAACGGGUAUACGAUACAUCGUUCCGUGACUAGUUUCUUAAGAUUCAACACGUUCAAAAAGUCUAGUUUGCCUGUGUCUGUGAGAAGAGUCGUAAUGUCAUCCAUUGCAUCUAAUUUCCGGCAUCUUCAUCCCAUUAUCCGAACAUCCGAGGGCUUCUAUUAUUCCUCAUAGCAUUAAAUCGCCCUCAUUUAUCGGCAUUGGUGUCUGACUUUUGCUCCUCCUCCGCUUUCUUAGCCUUGAGAACGUCCAUCCUCUCCUUGUUCCUCUUUCCCAACAAUCUCAACGUCUGCGCUCUCUCAUGCUCAGUCAUACCCGCCCAGUUUCCAAUCCUGCCCAUAGUUCCAUCUGUGUUUACCACGAGCGGGCCCAUGGCGUCGAGCUUAACAGACUCGCCCACGCGAAGAGACGUCACGUCAUCGCCCUGGUCUGCGGCGGCAUGUUCUGGGGCUGGAAGAGGAAGUGGUGUCUUGUUGGCGUCCUUAGCUUCGCUGGACCCUGUCUGUGUUUGCUGAUCGUUGCUUGACAUUGUACUGGAGAAGCGAGGUGCAAAUGUAGUGUUGUAUAGACGAGUGAUUGUAAAACGUGGGAGCCGCUUGAGCAUAAUGUGGGUGAGUUGGUAUGGCUUCACUCGGUGAGUGAGAGUGAUUUGUGAGUAGACCAAAGC